UCUUGCCUCCGUGUGAAGGUUAGUGGAUUCUCUUCAUCCUCACGGCCCUCACCAGUCUCCCUCUAUAUAUUUUUACGUUGCUUACUGGAUUCACAGUAAACUUCUGCCAUUCUUUGGAGUGAGCGCCGGUGUUGUUGCAGCCGUUGUAGUUUCAGGUCCAGCUUUUGAGUCUGUCUUAUUUGAAGAAAUCUAAAGUCUUGCCAAGGUCACCACUAACCAUAGCAGAGAUAUGGACGAUUUAGCACGUGCUACAAGUGUGUACCGGGCCUUAUUUCAGGCUGUGUCUUCGAAUGAUUGGUAAAAAACUAAGAGUCUCCUGGUCGCAAAUCCUGACGCAAUGACUGCAAUUAUUUCACCAUCUUGGGGAACGGUUCUUCAUGUUGCAGUUUCAACUGGGCAUUUGCACCUCGUAAAAAAGUUAAUGGAGUUGAUGACGUCCGAUGCCAUAUCCACAUGUACAAGGGCGUGUCAUAAUCCUCCCCUUAGCAUCGCCGCACGUUGUGGAUUCACAAGGAUUGCGGAGGUCCUAGUGAAAAAGAGUUCAGAUUACUUGGGAAUACCUGACCAGGAUGGUCUUAUCCCAGUUGUCACGGCUAGCCGGUAUGGAAACAAGGACACGACACGCUACCUAUAUGAGGUGACCACCAAGAAUGUACACGUCCUAACUCAGGGAGACAGCAAGAGUGGUGCUCUUCUUCUUAAUGCUGCAAUUAUUUAUGAGAUAUACGAUAUGGUUAUCGAUUUGCUUCGCCAGUCCCCAGAGUUAGCUAUUACAUAUCAUGUCAUUGGUUGGACGACCAUUCGUGUGUUGGCAACAAAGCCAAAAGCAUUUCCGAGUGGAGAACUAUACAGCCCAUGGCAACGGUGGAUCUACACAUGUGCCCCAAUCCAUAAUGAAAGAGAUAUUUUCAACCUUGACGUGGCUGACAGAAACAAGGAUCACAUUGGCAUCGGAGCUAGCCAUUGGUUGUAUGGAGUUGUUUGGGGUGCACUCAAAAUAUUAGGUAAGGAAACUACUUUUGACUUGUACAUGAUAAAGGGUUUUUACACCAACAUUUUGUUUCUAGGAUCUUUUUGAUUCUUUGAAGGCUCGGAGUCCCUAGACAUUUCCUUAGUUUCUUUUGUUUAUUUUGAUAUUUAGAUAAUUUUGGAAUUAUCUAAUUUUUAAAGAAUGAAUAUAAUUAUACCUAAGUUUACUA